AGAGGCUGCCCCCACCCCAGCCAUGGCCCUGCCAGGUGGCAUCAAGGACAAUAUCAGAGCUGGAUGUAAAAAAUGUGACUAUCCUGGUCACCUGACUUUUGAAUGCCAUAAUUUUCUCCAAGAAGACCCCAAAAGAGACAUAGUUUUAGAUGUCAGCAGUACAAGUACUGAAGAUAGCAAGGAAGAUGCUGAGGAACUCAAUAAAUUGCAGACUUUACCUGAGAAAAAUACAAAUGAGGAAGAUGAAAAGAAAAAACAAAAAAGAAAAAGCAAAGAGAAAUUUAAAUUGAAAAAGAAAAAAAAGCAUUCCUCACAAUCUAGUUCUACUGAAGAAGAUACUUCAAAACAAAAGAAACAGAAAUCCCAAAAGAAGGAAAAGAAAAAGGAGAAAAAAAGCAAAACAAAAAAAGGAAAACAUCACAAAAAGGAGAAAAAGAAGCGAAAAAAGGAAAAACAUUCUUCAUCUUCUGAUAGUUCAGACUCUUCUAGUAGUAACUGA